AUGGCUCUCACCAAUGGAGAGACCGUCACUAUUUCCAUCCGUCGUCCAACGGAGACCCCCGCCAUCUAUGUUGCGGGGACCUUCUCGAAUCCCAAAUGGGAGCCCUUGGAGCUCAGCGCCAAACCCGUAGAGCACAAGGAUGCGGACGGCAACUCCACUAAGACCGAAUACCUCUUCUCCCGGGAUGUUGAAUUGCUCGAGGGUCAAUACCAGUAUCGGUUCAAGCAGGGUUCUGACGGACCGUGGUUCCACGAUAAGAAUGCGAAGCAUGGUACGAAGCUUAUCUCUGUGUCUGAUACUGUUGGAUUGGAGCUGACCAGUUCCGUGAUUGCAGCUGCUGACGACGAAGGCGUCGUCAACAAUAUCCUCACUGUUGCCUCGAGUUCGCCUGCUGCGGAGCCUGUUGCUGCAGAAGCUAAGGCUGUCGAGAAGGAAGCCGAAACUCCUCUUGAGAAUGGCACCAGCGAGAAGGUUGAGGAGACCGCGAAAGAGUCCGAGGUGCAAACCACGACGACGACCGAGGCGGUGAAGGAUGAAGCGCCAAAGGAGACUGAUAUCCCUGUGGUUGCUGAGAAAGACCUCCACGCUGAGUCGGAACCCACAACACAGGAGGUGAAGCUGGAGCCUGUUUCCGAGAAAUCCAACCAGAGCGGCAUCCAGAAGGACGCCGAAACGCAACCUGCCUCUAACGCAGCCGCAGAACCUAAGACCAACGGCACACACUCUACUGAGCAGAUUCCAGGAUCACAACCUGAUGAUGCUGUUGUGGAGAAGACGGAGCCAGUGGAAGAGAAGGCGGCCGAGGGUUCUUUGACAACUACAAAAGACGACGAAGAAGGCAAGCCUGAAGAGAUUCCCAGCACUUCGGUUGAAGCCGAGAAGCCUGAGGCAAAGGAGGUUGAGAAGGCUGAGGUUGAGAAGGCUGAAGAUCAGAAGCCGCAAGAUGUUGAAAUCGUCCCUGCUGCAGUUGAAGAAAAGACGGAAGCCGCCAAAGAAUCAGAAGAGCCAGAGCCAGCCUUCGAAAAGUCCCAGGAAGAAGCUACGCCCGCGCAAAAUGCGACGGAGGAGGUGCCUGUUGCGGAAUCUAACCCAGUAGAGCCAUCUUCUGCCGAACCGACACAUGCCGAGACGGCCCCUACAGAGACAGCCGCUGAUGAGGCGCCACUUGCCGAAGAAUCUUCAGAGAAAACAGUGCCUGCGGUGCCUAUCGCUGAAGAGAAUGUUCAAACGAGCAUCGAGGAUGAGUCAUCCUCUCUGAACAAUGUGGAAGAACAACCGGCACAGGAGUCUGUCGAGGCGAAGAAGGUGACCGACGAGCCAGUCAAGGCUUCAGGUGUCGAGCACUCGGCUACCGACGAGGCCGCUGUUGAGGAACCAAUCAAGGACUUUACACCCGAGGAGAUUUCUGAAGAUUCUAAGAAGGAAGUUGCUGCAGAGACCCCUGUCGCGGAGUCAUCGACGACCGAGAAGGUCGAAGAGACAGCCCCUGAUGCCGAGAAGGAGUCAGCUGUUGAGGAAUCCACCAAGGAACCGAUCCACGAGGAACAAGCAACUGAGACAGUUGUUGCCGAAGAUCCGGCUAAGGAGACACUGGUCCAGGCAGUUGCUGUAGAGGAGCCUGAGGUGAAAUCCGCAGAAAAGCCUGCGGUCGCCGAAGACUCUGCCAAGGACACUGUCGUUGACGAGCCAUCUGUUGAGACUGCUUCCACAGAGGAUUCAGCCCCUACUGCGGAAGUGACAACCGCCAAGGAGCCCGAGGCGCCGGCAACGGAAGAGCCAGCCGCUGGUGAAACCAUCAACAAGGAGGUUGAGGCACCCAUGGAAGAGCCUACUGCUGCCGAACAGUCCGCCAAGGAGCCUAUCAGCGAUGAACCGGCAAUCCAGGCGCCUCAGGCCGAAGAAUCUACAAAGGAAUCCUCUACCGAAUUGGCAGCCGCAGAAGAAAUCACCGGCAAGGAGCCUGAGACACAUACGGAGGUGUCUACCGCUACUGAAGGACCCGCCAAGGAACUUGUCAGUGAUGAGCCUGCGGUUCAAUCUGCCUCAACCGAGGAGACCGAGAAACCAGCUAAGGACGAGACCACUCAAGUGGUAGCGGCCGAGGAACCUGAGCCACAGGCAGCCGAAGAAGCUGCUGUUGAGGAGACACCUGCCACGAAGCUCGAAGCUCCAACGGAAGAGUCCACUACUGCAGGGGAGCCUGCUAAGGACCCAGUCAGCGAGGGAACGCCGAAUCAAACUCUUCCUGCCGCGGAGCCUUCCAAGGAAGCCACAGCUGAAGAGCCCACAACCGAAACAACACCAGAACCCGCUGUUGUCGAAGCAGACGUCAAAGAACCUGUUCAAGAUGAAGCUGGGGCUGAGACUCUGGAUGAGGACAAGCCUGUCACUCAGGAGUCUGUUGCUGAAGAGUCUUCCAAGCCAUCGGAAGUGAGCGAACCAGUAGUCCCAGAAGUUGCCGCUGAAACUCCUGUCACCGAAGAGGCUGCUUCGAGCGAGAAGCCUGCGGUAGUGUCCAAGACUGAAGAGCCAGAGGUUGAGGAACACUCCGUUACCCAAGAACCCGCAAACGAGUCCGAGGUCGAAGCAAGCGAGGAAAAAACUGCUGAGUUCAAGGACGAAGCUCCUUCUGCUCCCGAGGCGCCAGAGGCAUCGGCUCCUGAGACUGCCACUGAACCUGCGAGCGAAUCUCCCGAGGUCGAAGCUGCAGCUAAAGAGCCGGCCACUGUUGAACCGGCCCAAGAAGCCAUCGCGACCACCAGAGAGCAAGCUAUCGAAGAGGUGACCAUCAACGAGUCCACGGAAGCUGCUGCUACCCAGGAAGCAGUUCCUGCGGAAGUAUCUGAGGUAAAGGAGGCAAUUGAAGAACCUGUUGCCGUUACUGAGAAGUCCGAAUCGCCCGCCGACGAGCCUACUCUCUGCAAGGAUUGCGGUCCCGAGAAGGCUACAACUGAGGAGGCCACCGCCCAGGAGACCGAGACCAGCGACGAGCCUGUUGAAGAAACCAAGGCCACUGAAGUGACUAUUGAAGAGCCAACUGCGGCGGAGACAACUGAAUCCGCCCCGGCUGUGGAGGCCGUUGAGCCAGACACAGUGGAACCCGAAGCGGUGGCACUGGUUGCUGAAGAACCCGUCGAAACCGCGGUCGCUCAGGAGGACGCUACUGAGAAGGAGCUUGCUGAAGAGGCAGCCUCUAAGGAUGUGACAGUAGAGGAACCCUCGACUGCCGAGGAAGUUCUUUCUUCGAAGUCCGCAACGGAGGAUCCAGUCCCAGAGCCGCAGACCAGUGAGGUGACUCGACCUGCUGAGCAGGAAACCACCACUCAGGCACCUGCUGAAGCUGAAGUUGCGGAGGUGGCACACACUGAAGAGCAGCAGGAAGAUGUGACCACCGACAAGGAAGCUCCUAAGCAAUCAGUGGCUGAGAGCGUUGUCGAGGAGACUGCACCGGUAGAACCUUCUGUGACCGAAGCGGCUGUCGCCAUCCCUGCUAUUGAUGAACUUGCAAAGGAUGAGAGCCCCAAAGAUGUAGUGUCUGAACAGCCCUCUCAAGAGUCAACUUCCGAGGAACCAGCUGUCCAGGAGGCGGCCACUGAAGCGGUUACUCCUAGCGCCUCGGCCGAUGAGCCUGCUGCGGAGAACCAAGUUGAAGCACCGGCUAAGGUCGAGGAAGCCCAAGAAGAAGAGAAACCCGCGGAACAGCCCGCAGUCAGCGAGCCACAAGAGGAGCUCGCAGCAGAGCAUGUCCCCACCAAGGGCGUUGCUGAGGAGCCAGUCGCAGAAGAAGCGACCAAGAGCACAGAGAAGACAGAGGCUGCCCGUUGA